AUGCCAGGUUAUGCCGUGUUCUUGUCGAUGUGGGCACUUGUGCCCUCAGGGAUUGCUUUGAUGUCAUCUGCACCAACUCUUCACACGGUCUUGGCAGCCAAUCAGCCCGCCUUGCAAAAUUUGAGAACACGGAGGAUUAUCAAUGCAACACAAUGGGGAAAACUCUUUCCAGCCAUUCCUUCUUCAGUUUCAUCAAAGUAUUUUGACAUCACUCUGCUGACAACUUUGUUACGCAACAUAUGCGGUCUUGUUCCCCCAGUGACUGGAUGGGACGUACUCCCUGCUUCCACAGACAUCACCCGUGAGGCAGACAUCGCAAGAAUCAAACACCUCAGAAAUACAGUUUACGCUCACGCUGAAAGCGCUUCCGUUGAUGCUGCAACAUUUAACAAACUCUGGAAGGAAAUCCGGGACACUCUAGAACGACUAGGAGGAGUUACAUUUAAGGUAAAAUAGACUUGAAAUGUUCAGUAUGACAUGUUGAGUUGACAUCUUUAGUUAUCUUAUUUCCAUUCUAACUAAUCUAGCUCACCAAUGCAGUAUUUAAGUGUAAUCAUGUCCGAUCUAAGGUUGCUGUUGACAACUUGGAAGUUUGCUGCAUGGAUCCCGAUAUGGAAGUCCAUUACAAAGAACUCCUUCUUCAGUGGAAAAACGAUGAAGACAACAUAAAAGAUGAACUGAAAGACAUUGGCGUAGACAUAAAAGAAAUUGGCUCUGACAUAAAAACCCUCACAAAGAAGUUUGAUGACUUGGUCGCAUCAAAUAAAUCUUCUGCCAGAGAAAAAGGUGAUGUGAACUUACCAAAAUAUUAGUUGACUGAAAACCUCUCCUAAGCCCGUUAUAGACUAUACUUACUGGUAACAAAAAUCACUCCAAUUUUUAUGGUCAAAAUUUUGGAUUUUAAUUGUACUACACAAUAACUUUUUGUUUUUAAUAUGUUUUCUUUUUUCUGUAUGCAAGCAUUUUUGUUGUUGAAAAUACAAGUGCUAAAACCAUUAAGUAUUACCAAGAACCUAGUCAGCCUGAAUUGUGAAAAACUACCCCGGCCUAAAAUAUAAGAACCAGUGUUCAGCUUGACCUCGAAAAUUCUAGGUUCUUAUAUGCAUGUUAUUAACUUGAGCUUGACUUUCUUUUUCAUAAGGUAAGGGCCAAGAACUGAUGGGAAAACUGGAUACCUCUUCGGUGUGCAGAGAGAAAUUUCAUGAGAAUGAACUUUUGUCGUCUUUCUGUACACAGUGCAAAGUAUGCAUUUGCAACAAAUGUAAACAAACUCGUCACAAUCAACACAACACAGUGGCUAUCCAUCAAGGCGCAGAACAACACCAAGUUGAUAUCGAAGACAUUGUAGAAGAAAUGAAAAGAGAAAUUGCCGUUUACAAAGAGCAGAUGAAAAGAAUAGAUGAAUCCUUGAGAAGAGGCAGACAGAGGAUUGCUGCAGCACGCAAUGAAGCAAUGACGUCUGUUGAGGAACUGAUGGGACUUUUACAGGAACAUGAAAAGGCUGUGCUAACCAGUUUAGAUGUAAUUGAGGGGAAGGCACAAAGAGAGCAUGCAACGCAACGAGAACAUUUUCAAAUUUCUAUGAAUCAGUUACAAACACAUGUCGAUUGGUUCAAGGAUAUUUUAGAGAGAAAGAAAAGUGUUGAAAUUUUGCAAGCACAUGCUGUAAUUGGACAGUGCCGAGGUGUUCUAAAUGCAGAGAAAAAGAACAUUUAUAAACCAUCGCAUGUCAGGUACGAGAUAAAUAAAGAGCUCGUGGAGGAUGUGAGAAGUGCAGUUUCGUCGAUGGGUCAAGUUGUUGUUAGUAGCACAGAUCCUUUGCAGUCGCUGGCUGAAGGAACGGGUCUGAAAGUAGGAGAAGUUGGACGCGAAGCAAAAAUUUGGCUGACGACCAAAGAUUCUGGUGGAAACCAAUGCUACGAUGAAAACGAUCGAAUAGAUGUGACAGUUCAGACUCCUUUAAGCAAAAGACUUAGUUACAGGAUUGAACCCGGCAAAGAUGGCGAGUACAGCGUUAGUUAUACCCCUGAUUUUGUCGGACAACAUGAAGUGCUGGUUGUUGUUAACGGUGAGCCACUGACUGGUAGUCCUUGGAGCGUCUUUGUAACUCAUCGUUACAAAUAUUCAUUUUCGAUUGGUUCACAAGUAAGAGCGGAGCAAGGACAAUUUUUUCGGCCAAUCGAUAUUGCAAUUGAUGAUAAAUCUGGGAAUGUUGCAGUUGCUGAUGAAAAAAGGGUUCAGAUUUAUAGUUUAGAAGGCAGGUACGUAGGAGUUGUUGGUACAAACAAACUAUCUUCACCCACAUCAGUAGCAUUCACCAAGUCAAGUGAACUCAUAGUUGUUUCUUCAAAUAUGAUCUUUUGUUUCGAUCAGAGUUACAGAUUUGUGAAAACUAUAACCAACAAACAGCUUAAUGCACCACGCCGCCUGACUGUUGCAGGUAAUGGACGCCUGGUGCUGUGUAAUUGGGGUGACCAUACAGUCAAGGUACUGUCCUCUGAUGGUUCACAGCUAUUGCUUACCAUCCGUGAAUCUGCUAAUGCGCUUCCAAGGCAUGCUGUUUGUCAUCAGAAGAUGAUUUUUGUUUCCUAUUACCUGGCAGGUAUUGUUAAGGUAUUUAACGAGAAGGACGGUGUGUUUCUGCGCAGUAUUGGUAUUUCCAAACUGAGUUAUCCACUUGGUCUUGAAGUUGACAGGUUUGAUAACCUGGUGGUAUGUGAUCGUGAUAACGCAAGACUUCAGAUAUUUACUCUUGACGGAAAAUUUCUAAACACAGUAGAAGGACAACACAAUGGGCUUAGUGAGCCUUAUUCUAUCGCCGUAUCGAGCGCUUCUCAGUUGUUUGUCACUGAUUAUAGCAAACACUGUGUGCACGUUUUUCAGUGA